UGGAUUGGGUAAAUGCACAGUCUCAAACCCAGAGUAAGGGAAUCGAGAACCAGAGGACAUAGGACAGAGGAGGAAAGAUUUAAUAGGAACAUGAGGAACAACUUUUUCUACUGUUGGUAGGUAUAUGGAACAACCUGAUGGAGGAGGCAGUUGAGGUAGGUACUAUCACUACGUUUAAGAAACAUUUAGAAAGUUACAUGGAUAAGAUAGGUUUAGAUGGAUAUGGGCCAAAUAUAGGCUGGUGGGAUUAGUGGGAUUAGUGUAGAUGGGGCAUGUUGGUCAAUGUGGGUAAAUUGGACUCUAUAGUCCUUUCUCCAACUAGAUAGCAUGCAAACACAAACUUUCAUUGUACCUCAGUUCACAUGCCAAUAGUACACUAAACCAAACGAAACUGUAGCUAUUGGCAACGUUUUUGAAAUUUUGAUGGGUGGACAGUGACGUUCCUUGAAUGCUGUCUGUGUGGAGUUUGCUCGUUCUCACCGUGAUUUCAGGUUUUCUUCCACAUCCCGUGGGCUUGUAGGCUUCCACAUCCUAUUGACCUCCGUACAUUGUCCCUAGUGUGUAGGAUAGAACUAGUGUAAGGGCGAUCACUAGUGAGCGCGGACUCGAAGGCCGAAGGGCCUGUUUCCACGCAUUAUUGUAUUACUAAACUAAACUAAACAAAGAUGCAUUAUUAACACUGGCACUUCUUGGAGAAAAGUGAAGGAGAUUUUCCUCCUCGUCUUGGCAAAUGUUUACCCCACAGCCAACUUUAAUUACAGCUGAAUUUACCCAAAAUUUUCUUCCAGAGAAAUAUGUUGGAGAGGAUUUAUUCAACCUGGGAUUUAAAGUACGUUGGGCAGAAGGGCCUGUUUUCAUGCUGUAUGACUCCAUAAUGUGUUUGGUCAGUAAAUGUUUACCAUCGCAGAGUCAGCGGCGGAGAAGCGCUUCCGCGUUCCGCAGCUUAGCAACUUGUUGCCUUAACACCAGUCGGAAUAUCCACACAAGCGUCUGCGGAAGAGCUGCUCGCUGUGUGUUGUUGACGCUGUGUGUUGUUGACCGGCAGUGUGUUGUUGACCGGCUGUGUGUUGACCGGCAGUGAGUGUGGCCGGACGCCGCAGCCAGCGUCGAGGUCCGAGCAAAGAGCACCUCAAACUAUUCUUCCUUGCAGCGUGUGUACUCUUAAUUGUGUACAGCUGUAUCCCCAUCUCAGAGAAUGGGCAUCUAUGCAAGUAACUUCCACAGGAGUGGUGGUCAAAUACUUCUGGAGACUAUUGAUCCCAGCCAAGCAAACUGGAUCACAGCACAUGCAGAGGCAUGCCAAUUGACUAUUCCAGAGGUGCAGAGGUGCUGGAGCCGCUUCCUCCUACUUCAGCCCGACAGGCAUGGGAAUGUUCCACGCAAUCGUUUUCUUACUGACGAGCGAUUUAGCCAUCAGCUGUUGCAGCAGAUGCCACUCAUGGGGAAAGACCUGGUGACUUUCCAGACCUACUGCAGCGCUGUCUCAUGGCUCUCCAAGUCCAGCCUGGAGACCAAACUCCGAGGACUGUACCAGACAAUGACCUCUAACAAACUAUUGAACCAGGGAAGAUUGGAACUUCUUCUGCAGGAUGUCUAUCCUACUGAAACACCAGAGACUCUUUCUCAACUUUCCCAGGUUUUAUUGAAUGAAAUUGAUAAGAAUCAUCAAGGCUUCAUUGACGAGGAACAGUUUGUUGCGUGGAUAUGGAGACUACCACAGGAUGCUGUGAAGUCAAUUCUACAUUUCCCCAUUAUACCAGAGGAAGUCAUUGCUGCAAGUAAAGGCCAGGCAUUUGAUUCCGCUGAUGUUGCAACUUGGGCAGAAUCCUCAGCAGUAACAGACAAGCAGCUUCUGCAGAUUGCCAGUGAAGUGUCAGGUCGAAAGAGAGAUUGGAGGCUUCUGGCCAACAACCUGGGAUUUCUGGAGCAGGAGACCAGUGUCUUUGAAGAGCAACAUUCAGAGGACAAUCAACAGAUCGUGGAGAUGUUGCGGGCGUGGCUGAGGAAGACAGAGCUGCUGAGUGGAGCCUCCACGCUGCAACGUGCCCUGCGGGAUAGCGGCAAUGCAGACAUAAGCAACGAGGUAUUCCAGCUCUGCUUCUGAUGCUGGUGGAGCAGCAGGCAAGUUCCCAGGGACAUGAUGCCAAUCAAGAGCAAUAGACCAGCUAAAGUGUACAGAGGGACGAUGGAAAAUGCAGUCCUUAAAUACUCAAACCUCAUGGUGUGUCUUCAGUCACAAGCAAAAGAUUUGUUUAGUUUAGUUUAUUAUUGUCACGUGUACCUGAGGUACUGUGAAAAACGUGUUGGUGUGUGCCAUGCGGUCAACGGAAAGACAUGAUGGCAAUCAAGCCUGUCCACAGUUCUCUUGGUCACUCUUUCAUGCACUUACUAGCCUAUCUAACUCUCUCUACUUUCCUUCUUUUUAAAGUUUAAAACAAGAUGUGGUACAGGAAAUGUAUUAUGGUGUUUUUGGCUUAUAUCACUGUAAAUGUACAUUACUUCUAAUAAAUAAUAUAUAUUUUUUUUUUUAAUUCAAAAAAAGCCUGUCCACAGCGUAUGGAUACAGGAUAAAGAGAAUUAAGUGUGGUCCAAAAUAAAGUCCAGCAAAGUUAGUCUGAGGGUCUUCAAUGAGGUAGUUGGUAGCUCAGGACUGCUAAUUCAGGGUUAGGCCAGGGUUCUGGAAAUCCUUAAACCUUUAAAAAAUAAAUCAAAAUAAUUAAGAUUUUAAAAGUCCCAGAAUGCAACUUAAAGGGUAAAUGCGAAAUUUGUAAUUUUGGUUUUGGGGAGGUAUUACUUAUGUUCCUUGUUAUCGAUAAGAAUAAUAAAUGCCCCACCUUCCCUGACUCUUUUCCUUCCUCCUUUGUUUGAGUUCCUUCCUAUCCAUUUUGCCAAUUAAGGGAAACAGGGAAACAGAUGAUGGGAAAGGUGAGUCAGAAUGAUUUGGUAGUGGUAUUAAAUAGUCAUGGGUCAUACAGCAUGGAAACAGGCUCUUCGGCCCACUUGUCAAUGCCAACCAAGAUACCCCAUAUACGUUAGUCCCACCUGCCUUCAUUUGGCCCAUAUCUCUCUAUUCUGUGGAUGAAAAAUGUUUUGUUCACAACUUUACCAGUAUGACGGGAUCAUUUGCUCAAGUCAAAUAGAACUACAGAUACUCCCUGACUUACACAAUAUUCGACUGUCGUAAACUUGCACUUUCGUACACAAUUCCGUACUCAGUCCCUAGUGCAAUGAAGGUAGUUUGUAAUUUAUAUAACAAUGUACUAUCACUCACGUUUACAUCGGAAACAAGCCAGCAAUGGCGGAUGUACUCAUUCUGAAGGCCGUACACCGCGGAAAGUGCCCCGGAUGCAGCCGGAUGCCGCUGGGACAGUUAAUAGUUAAUAACUCUCAGUGAGUUAUUUCGGGCAGGGGAUGGGGGUGGCGAUUCUGACAUAAAAUCUGACUUGCAUAAGGAUCACGGAAUGUAAAUUAAGGAGUGCCUAUAAUGGCACAAUGGGAUUCUUUAUGCUAACUUUGUGAUUGUCGGAACACUCCAGAUCGCUAAGAAUAGCAGCUGAUAAAUCAAUAGCAUAUUCAUAUAAAUCUAUUUCAAUGCAUUCAACACUUGGCCAUUUUUGACUAUCAUUAUCCCAGAGAACUGUCAAUAAAAGCAAGAAUGCAAUUUAUUGAUCAAGUAAUUAACUAGAAUCAAUGAGAUUCCUGCAGGUGACAAGUAAAAUUAUCACAUGCUUACUGUUCACUAAGACGUUGCUUAAAAUGUCUCCAAUUCAAAGUCAAUUGACCACUAUUGUCCAUUAAAACUAUUCAAUUUUUAACAGUAUGUAAAUGUAAAUUGGAAAAAAAUAUGUCCAUAUUUUAAUCCUCAGACCUUUUCAAUAAUGGUACAAAGUAAGUGUGUGGAUGUAAUGCUUACAGCUUGAAACACAUUUUGUUUUCAAUGAAGUCGCUUCCUGCCAAUGUUUAUUGCGUUCAAACAAUCUGGAGAAUGGUCUGUCAGUUAGUUAGUUGCAACUGGGCUGGUGCUUUUGAAAACUUAAAGCAGUUAGUUUGACUGUUUAAACGUCACUUUAGAGUUAUUUAAACAGACUCAUGAAUAGGCUGGGGAUGGAGGGAUACAGGCAACAUAAGGUCAUAUGGCCAUAAGAGAUAGGAGUAGAAUUAGGGCAUUUGGCCCAUCAAGUCUAAUCUGCCAUCCAAUCAUGGCUGAUCUAUCUCUCUCCCCUAACCCCAUUCUCCUGCAUUCUCCCCAUAACCCCUGACACCUGUAUUAAUCAAGAAUCUAUCUAUCUCUACCUUAAAAAAAUCCACUGAGAUGUGGAUGGCACAAGUUAAACAUGAGAAAUUUAACGGCGUUGUGGUCAGCACAGGCAUUAUUUGCCAAAGGGCCUGUUUUUGUGCUGUAUUAAUUUAGGCUUAGAGAGAUGAGAGGGGGCACCUGACUGAAACUUACUGAAUAGUGAAAAGUCUGUAUAGAGUGGAUAUGGAGAGGAUGUUUCCACUAGUGCAAGAGUCUAAGACCAGAGGGCACAGCCUCAAAAUAAUAGGGCGUACAAUUAGAAAGGAGAUGAGGAUGAAUUUCUUUAGUCAGGGGGUGGUGAAUCUGUGGAAUCCAUUGCCACGGACAGCAAUGGAGGCCAAGUCAUGGGGUAUUUUUAAAGUGGAGAUUGACAGGUUCAUGAUUAAUAAGGAUGUCAAAGGUUAUUGGGAGAAGGCAGGAGAAUGGGGUUGAGAGUGAAAGAUAGAUCAGCCAUGAUUGAAUGGUUGAGUAGAUUCAAUGGACCAAAUGGCCUAAUUCUGCUCCCGUGACAUAUGAACUUAUGUUCUACACUUAAUUCUAAAUGUUAAUUACACGUAUUUUUAUUUCCAUAACUUAAACUAUGUAGCAAAAUGAAUACUCCUGCCAGUAAAAUGCCUAAGGCUGCAAGACAUUUCAUAGAGUUGUAGAUGUAGCUGUCUAUCACACAGACCCAGACUUCCCACCAUUGACUCCACCUACACUUCACACUGCCUUGGGAAAGUAGCCAACAUGAUCAAAGAUGGUUUCCACCCUGGUCAUUGCUUCUUCUAAAUGCUCACAUCAAGAACAAAACGCAGAAGCUGGAAAGCACGCACCACUAGACUCAAGAACAGUUUCUUCCCCUCUGUUAUCAGAUGUCUAAACUGUCUUUUCAUGAGCUGGGGUACUGUCCAAUUCACCUCCACCCCUCUGUGGACAUUGGGCUUUAUCCAUAGAAAUGAUGCGCUAUAAUGCUGAGAACUGUAUUCUGAACUCUGUAUCUUUCCCUUCACUCUAGCUAUUGUACUUGAGUUUGGCUUGAUUGUAUUCAUGUACAGUAUUAUAUGAUAGCAUGCAAAACAAAGCUUUUCACUGUACCUCGGUGCACGUGACAAUAACAGACUUAAAUCUAAAAAACAGACUCCUACUUCAUCCUGGGCCCUACACAUUUACCGUAGGAAAUCAGCACAUUUCCAGAUAAACUAAGUUAUUUUACAGCUCUUGGCACCAAUUUCAUCAGCCGGUAAGGAACAGGAUGUAAGCAUGUUUUUUUAAAUUAAAAUAAACGCUAUUCAGAAUUAAAAUUGUGUAUAAAACUGGAACUGUGCAAAACGUUUCCAACAUUCUCAGAGGCUAUACAUACAUGAAUUACCUUCGUAUUUAGUAGUGUUCACAGAAAUAUCAUUAUACCAGGAACCCUUGCCACCCAUGUGGCCCCCAGGGUGAUAUCCCUUCCCUCAGAUGUAAACAUUUUUUUUUUACAUUUCAAAAUAGACUUUAUUCAAGUAAUAAAUAUAUACAACACAGGAACCAUGCGAAAAAAUCAUCCAACAUUCUCGGAGGCUAUACAAACAUUCAAUACUGUUUAUACAAAUUACACAAAUUUAGCCCCCACCCUUGCCACUCAAGUGGCCCACUGGCAUGGAAUCCCUUCCCUUAGUUUUG